AUGGGCUUCUUCAACAGGAGCAAACCCAUCAAAGCACAGUCCUCCCACCCAGACCAUCCAGGCGUCCAUCUCAAGCCGCCUUCUCCUCCUGCCCUCCCUCCGCGUCCCAUCACGCCCGCCCCGCUGCCCAGUGCACACUUCCUCGUCCCCGCCGUUACCCAGCUGCCCCCGCCGCCGUGCUGGUCCUUCUCCGCUCUGGCCCCGAAAUUCGGCCCGGGCUCGGCGCCUCCGCCUUGGCAGCGCUGGUGUCCGCGUCAGGGGAAAGGGGCUGGGUCGGCGGUCCAUCUCGUGCAGCCUUGUGCCCUUGCCGGCGACGAUGACGGCGGCGACGAGAUCUACUCGGAUGUGUGCAGCCGCUUCGACGACGUCGUGACACUCAUCGACCGCGAAGAAUACGCCGGCCAUGAAGCAGACCUCUUCCUAUGCCCGUCCUCACCCGCGAUCAAGGAAACAACACCACCACCAACAACCGAUCGGUCGCUCGGCUUCUCCAAACUAUGGCCGUCCUUACCCCACAAGAACCCCGACGCCGGCCCGCUCCAAGCAACAACGGCUGUCGUGUCCGGCAAGUAUUUUUCCAAGGUCGAGCUCUACGCAAACUCGAAGCUUCCGCUGGCACUCUCUCCCUUUGCCUUGUGCGGUUCUAGCUGGCCGCCGCUCCUCCGCCUCGCCGCCCAGUGCUCGCUCCGCGUCUACUCGCCCCCCACGGGCCCGGAGCGGCGCCAGGCCAUCGUCGUGCCCGCAGACUGGCGCUCCGGGUCCAAGGCCAUGUACAUCCGCUCCGUGCCCGCCGACGCCGCACGCACCGUCGUCGUCGCCGUCCGGGGCACCGCUUCCUUCGCCGACUGGGCCGUCAACCUGCGCGCCGACCCCGUCUCUCCGCUGGGCUUCCUCGACGACCCGGGAAACGCGUGCCACGCCGGCUUCCUGUCCGUCGCCCGCGCCAUGGUCGCCCCUGUCGCCCGCCGUCUGCGCGAGAUGCUCGAGGACGAUCCCUCCCGGGCCGAUCACUCCCUCGUCUUCACCGGCCACUCGGCGGGCGGCGCUGUGGCGGCGCUGCUGUACAUGCACAUGCUCGCCGCCUGCCCCGACGCCCAGAGCGAUCUUACCGUGCUGGCAGGCUGCUUCCGUCGCGUCCACUGCCUCACCUUUGGCGCCCCGCCCGUCAGCCUGCUGCCCCUGGCCAAGCCCAACCGGCCCGAGCUGCGCAAGAGCCUCUUCCUGAGCUUCGUCAACGAGGGCGAUCCCGUCACGAGGGCCGACAAGGCCUUUGUCAAGAGCCUGUUCACGCUGCUCAAAAGCCCGCCGCCAUCCUCGGCGGGUCCGAUCGGCGACGGCGAAAAGAAGAAGAAGAACAACAAGGACUCACCUCCGGCCCCGCAGCCUUACUGGAGCCCGCCCGUCUGGACGGUGCCUCCUUCGACCCUCAGCAACGCCGGCUGUAUCGUCCUUCUCCGCAGCGGCGACCCGUAUUUACCGCCUGUCGACCGCAAAUCCGUCCAAGACCGGCUCCAUGAGGGGGUCGUAGCCGUAACGUGCCGCGACGACCAGCUGCGCGGCGUCAUCUGGGGAGAUCCCGUCUGCCACCUCAUGCGGCUGUACGCGGUGCGCGUCGAGGCUCUCGCAGCGGCCGCGGAGAUGGCUGGGAAGACAUCACCCUGA